AUGGCUGAGAGUACUGAACAGCCGCGAAGAAAAUUGAUAAUAAAGCUUUACUUACCUGCAUCUGAGAAGCGUGAAGAAGGAGUGUGUGAAAAGCCAAAGCCAAAAUGUAGCACCGAUUAUUCUUCAAGAGUAAUAUCAAAAGUCUGUGAACUGAAGAAUAAGAAGGGUUAUUAUGCGGCAACAAUAUGGGUUAAUGCUGAAAACCCAUCAUCAUCAUCAUCAUCAAGAAGCGAGUGUAAUGAGAAGGAGGAUGUGGGUAAUGUUAACAAAAGAGAGUUCAAGAAUGAGAAGGAGUGUGUGUUUAAGGGUAACACUAACAAGAGAGAGCGUCUUCACUCUGAGAAGAAGAAUAAGAAAGAAAGUGUGUGUAAACGGAAUAAGAGUCACAUAGUGAUGAUGGAUCAAUGCAAGAAGAAGCAAUGUUGGGUGAUAUUGAAGCGGUUGAUGGUAGGAAGAGAUGCAUGGGCUUUGAAACAACCUCUUCUUGAUAAUAAGUCAAGAUCAAGGAAGGAAAAAAUAUUAAUGGGUUUGGAAGAUAUUGAGUGCAAUUUGCAAAAAUUCAAGUACUCAAAAGUUGAGGAGUUUGCAGAUGAUAUAAGGCUUGUGUUCUCUUAUGCAUUGCAAUACCCUCUAAGGAGUGAGGUUCACAAAACUGCAAGGAGGAUGAAGGAUACUUUUGAACUCACAUGGAAAAAUUUCAAUCACAAGUGGGUGCUGCAUCAAGAUUAG